AUGUUUCUGCAGAUGUGGGGCACUUUCUGGCCUCUAAGCCUGAAGAAGGUCCGCAACAAAACACAGUUGCGCUACUUGUUCAGUGGACCACGCAAGAACGAUGUCUUGCUGCUUGAAGACAUUGAUACAGCUGGUAUUCGCCACGAGAAGAUGGAGGCAGACACAUCCGAGAAGUCUGAGCUUGACGAAACCUAA